AUGAGCGUGGAAAUUUUAUUGUCACAUAUGAAGAAAAUGUUUGACCAUCGGCAAAACAAGUUAGCGCUACGGAGAAAAUUCGAGGAAAGGUCGUGGCGAAUUCACGAAAACUUCAGCGAAUAUCAUCACGAUAAAAUGAUUUUAGCCAAUCAAGUGGGUGUCGAGGACGAGGAGCUCAUCGAUUAUAUGAUCGACGGGAUCCCGGACGAUUUGUUACGCAAUCAAGCGAGAAUGUAUCGUUUUGCGGAAUCAUCCGAAUUAUUAGAGGCGUUUGAGAAGAUAUCCUUAAAACCCAGGACGAAUAAAAACGUCGUGGUUGACAAGAGAAUUAUGGCGAGUCCGCGAUCCAGUGGUAAUACUUGUGCUGUAAAUCCACUGCAGCCUGUGCGACGGUGCUACAAUUGUAAUGGAGAAGGACAUCUAGCAGAUUCCUGUCUGAAACCCAAGAGAGAGCGAGGGUCGUGUUUCUCCUGCGGUGAACAAGGACACGGUUACCUGAAAUGUCCAAAAUCAUCGAAAGCGGAGGCGCCGAAGCCGACGAGUGUGUCGCUGAUCGACGGGCCGCAGAGUUCAAUGCUGGAAGGACAGCGAAGGCAUCCAUCACUUCAGACCCCGUCCCGAGAUUAUUGUAUUUUGCUGACAGAAGAGAAAGAAGAACACUAUUUUGUGGAGGCAUUAGUGGAUUCUGGAAGUGCGAUAAAUCUUAUGACCUAUAAGACAUUUAACAACUUUUUUAGUAUGUACGAACUGGUGCAAGGACGUGAAUUUAUGACGAGACCUGGAAUGACUGUUGUUCUUAGUAAAGUAAUAAGUAUUCAUUAUGAUCGAGAAUAUAGAGACGAAAUACUAAACAUUGAGUCCAUAGAAACGAAAGAGAAAUUAGAUACAGACAUAGAUAAUUUCGAUGCAUCGCUAUCCGUUGAAGUUAAGCAAACGUUAAUAGAAUUAUUAAAAAAUUAUAUAAAUUUAGAAGUGAGGAAAAAAGAUAGUAGUUACAGAUUUUGUACAGACUAUAGAGCGUUGAACAAAAUUACUAAGAUAGAGGACCAAAUUGAUAGAUUGUCUAACAGUGCCUAUUUUACAAGUUUAGAUUUAAAAGAUGGAUUUCAUCACAUCCCUAUUUUCGAAGACUCGAUAAAAUUUACAUCUUUAGUCACGCCUGAUGGGCAGUUUGAAUAUUUAAAAAUGCCGUUCGGACUCGCAAAUGCACCUGCAGCUUUUCAAAGGUUUGUUACUUUAAUAUUUAGGCCACUGUUGGAAUUUGGAAAGGUUUUGCUGCAUUUAGAUGAUAUCUUAAUCGCCAUCAAAAAUAUCGAUGAAAAUUUAGAAAUUUUAAAAGAGGUUUUGGAACUAUUGGGCCGGCAUAAUUUGGAAUUAAAGUUCAGCAAAUGUAAAUUUCUUAAACGAGAGAUUGAGUAUUUAGGAUACAAUAUUAAUAUUAAUGGAAUCACACCGAAUGGGUCGAAUGUUAAAGCCAUACAAGAUUUCCCACAACCUAAGACGGUAAAACAGGUUCAAAGUUUUUUAGGCCUUACUAGCUAUUUCAGGAAAUUUGUACCUAAUUUCGCUCGACUCGCACAACCAUUGUACAAUUUGGUUAAAAAGGGAAUAUCCUUUAAAUUUGGAGUCGAAGAAUGA